UGAAAAUGCAAAUAUUCAAUGCCUAUAUCUUCCUUGUCUUCACAAUUUGCUCAGUUUCUGCGCAAUUCUAUCCAUGGUCAAUGGCUUUUCAACCAGUUGAUCACAUUGAACCAUCAAUCUUCAAUCCAAUUCCACAAGCUCCAGAGCCAAAUUUGUUCAAUUUCAUUCCAUCUGCAGUUGCACAGCAUACUAUCUGUGCAUACUAUAUAUCAAUCGUCCACCAACUCCACUUGGUUGGGGAAGAAAAUAAAUGUCUCUCUUGAUGAAAUAUAUAAUAAACAUAUUCAAGCAUU